AUGGCUGAAGUUGAAAACCAAAGGCCAAAGAUUUCCCCAAGCGAGGGCUCUGAGAACGGUAUGACGGAGACGGAGGCUGAAAGACCUGGUAUGCCCUCUGGAGGUCCCUCCAAAAAAUCAUAUCGUUUGUUCCCUUAUCAACCAAAGCAGCCAGUUUUCCGUAUUGGGUCUGAAUCUGUCCGUGGUCAUUGUGUUGCAGCCUUUGGCGAGUUUUGUGGGACAUUCAUGUUCCUGUGGUGUGCGUAUGUGAUUGCUGAUGUUGCCAACCAUGACGUAUUUCUCAAGGAGUUUCCUAACGGUUCGCAUCCUGGUCAGUUGAUCAUGAUUGCGCUGGGUUUCGGGUUUUCGGUGAUGUUUUCGAUCUGGUGCUUUGCUGUUGUUUCCGGUGGUGCGUUGAACCCUGCUGUUUCCCUAAGUUUGGCCCUUGCUAGGGCUAUCAACCCCACCAGAUGUGUUGUCCACUGGAUUGCGCAGAUGCUGGGUGGUAUGGCUGCCGGUGGUGCGGCAAGCGCCAUGACUCCGGGCCCGGUCUUAUUUGCCAAUAGUUUGGGCCUGGGUUGCUCCAGAAGUAGAGGUCUUUUCUUGGAGAUGUUCGGAACUACGAUACUUUGUUUCACUGUCUUGAUGACCGCCAUCGAGUCCCGCGACGGUAGUUUCAUGGCCGCUUUACCUAUCGGUAUCUCUCUCUUCAUCGCUCACUUGGCUCUAACUGCUUACACCGGUACAGGUGUGAACCCUGCCAGAACUUUCGGUGCAGCCUUGGCCGCUAGAAGCUUCCCCACCUAUCACUGGAUUUAUUGGAUUGGGCCCCUAUUGGGUAGCAUUCUUGCCUGGUUCCUAUGGCAAUUGCUCAACUGGUUGAACUACCAGGAUGUUGUUGCCUGUGAAAAGAGAAAGGGUAAGGAGGAGGAACCAAGUGCUUAA